AAAGAUUACCUGAAAUUGGAGACGAUCUGGUGUGCAGAACUGCAGAUCAGUGCUCAAUCGCUGUCCCUCCAGUUACAGGAGGUGUGCAGAACUGCAGAUCUGGUAAUCUGACAAGCUAUGGCCGAUGGAGACUAAGAGGAGAGUCGAAAGGAGAGUUGCAAGCUAUGGCCGAGGCUGAUGGUGCGCAAAGUGUAGAGGAGAGUCGAGAGGAGAGUUGGGAGGAGUCGGAAGACCAGAUGUGGCGGGAUGAGACCAGAUGGGUGCGCGGGAGGAGACCAGAAUCCAGAAGAUGCGAUGAGUCUUAGCUUUUAGGGUUUUUUUUCUUUAAUUAAUAAAUAGAAAAGUUAAAA